GCUGUGCUUGUGUUACACUCGGCUCCUUUAACUCUGUUGUUCUCAUGGAUGGAAUGGAAGCAGCUGCAGAGCUGAGAGGAAAGCAGAUGGACAGCAGGGAAAAGCUAUAGCAUAAGUACAUACCUGAUCUCGCGGCACACCCUCACCUGUAAUGUAUCCGCAUUACAGGUGAGGGUGUGUAUUUGUCUUUGUGUUUCAAACUUUAAAGAAAAUAAAAAUGUUAUUUUGAAAGCUCGACAAAAAUAAAAGUUGAUGUGUGUUUUUGUUUAUGUUGAGGCAAUGUGACUGAUUUAGAAUAGCCAAUGGAGAUGGAGAUUGGCCAUGGGUUUUGGUCACAUGACCUAAUUUCUUAUUGGUUUAAAACUGUGUUGAUUUAACAAAACUACCUUUGUGGAUAAAUUAUUUUGUAAGUUUGACGAUGAUCUAAAAGUUCUUUUGGUGUCGAGAUCUUUUUACAAAUAAAAAAAUUAAACCAUAACUUUCAAAUAAUUGAAACUCAAAAAUCAGUGACAUUUCUAGAUUUACAUGUGAAAAAGUCUAACUGGUGAAAAAAUAAAAAGAGAAGUUUACAUUAAAAACAAAUCUCAGUUAAAAAAAAAAGUUGUUUUAAUUUUCAACAUAAAUAAACAGUCUCUUAUUGUCCAGAAUGAUUCCAGACCUCGCACUGUACUCACUGACAUGUAAAUGUGAGUAUGUAGGCCGUGAGAAGGGAUCACCUUUUGGAGGGAGGGAGGUUUGAGUGAGGCGUGUCUGGGUGGGGGUGGUCUUUCUGAGUCUAAACCUCUCAGCUGAGAAAGCCAUGUGAAGACUUCUCACCUGAGCCACAUACUGUACCGUGAAUAAAGUAGUAGGACGUCUGCAGGACGGUGAAGAGAUGAGAAAUCAUUAAGGUCUUAAAAUGUGGAUAGAGGAGAGCCACAGGCUGAGAAACAGAUGAAAAAAUCUGCAUCUAUUUUCAAAAGGCGAUGGAGACGCAGAGAGAAACCUGCCAAACCAACCCCAGAGGAAGCAGCAGAGUAUUUUUUCUGCCAAGUUUGAGAAGCAGACACCGGAGUCAUGGGGCCCCCCCUCUGUCAUCCAGCCCGCUGGGUAUUAGUACCACAGACCAGCCAGUGCCCCCCAGAAACAGGGGAAGCAAGAGGGGUGUGUCCCCACCAUCACACAGCCUGCGGUCUGUGACAGAUUCAAGCCAGCUCAGCCGAUCAGCCCCGACCAUCAUGGAACCACUGCUGUGCCUCAGUACUGCCACGCAGACCAGAGGACACAUUCAGACCCGAUUGGGCUUUCAGCAAGACAUAAAUGGUCAUAAGGAUUUUGGUCCAGGUUUGCCUGCCCGAGCUCCAAAGUUUUUAACUCCACUCUGUGGAAAACCCAGAGACGGAACUACUCUGUCAGUUCUUGAGCCACGCCUUCCUCUGAAACCCAUAAGCAGGGGUCCUCCAACUACUAAUGCUGACAGUGAGGAAAGCGGCUCCAGUUCCCUGAAUCUGGAAGAUGAGGAGGAUGAGAAGAGAGUCUAUGCGGACCCUGACAGAAACCUGCAGCUCUUCUGGGAUGAACCUUUGAAACAUUCAAAAGAUCUAACAUCUCCUCAAAAAAAUCAAAGAGUUGACCCAGGAAGCUCAACCAAUACAGGUGAAGGAGACUUUAUAGUAAAAGAAAAUCAUCACAGUGAAAAAUCCUGGAGAGCUUGUCAUGAAGGAAACAAUAAAAACUGUACGAUAGACUUGAUUGAGAGUAAGCCCUUUAAAACUCAAGACUGUGUACAAAAGAAGGAUGGUACAUCUCCUAGACACUUAGAGACUUCUGGGUCUUCGACUGAGAACCGGCACAAAGACAUCUCUGACAACAUUUAUAUUACAAAUCAAAGACAUAACCAGAAAACUGAGACCACUGAAAAUGUCCGUACUGCUGUCGAUUCCAAGAAAGACAUUAAAGUCUCAAAACUUGAGUUUAGCAAAACAAGAAAAACCACCAUGAACUCUGAGAUAAGAAAAAAUAAUCAAAUGAACCAGUCUUUUCACAUCAAAGUGUGUAAAAGCGGCUUAAAGAACAUUGAAUUUACUAGUAGAGAAGAGAGAAUUGUUCAUUUAAAGACUAAAAUCGCCAAACGGCCACAGAGCGAAACAGUUGACAGGCUUAGCAGCAACACAGAUCAACAGCUCACACCAGCAAAGGAGCUGAAAACAACACAUUCAAGUGAAAAAACCCGACGGUCAAAGUCAGCUGUAGACCACAUCACCCACAGAGAGACAUUUCAACAGAUUCAGAUGGGAGAUGAAGAAGCAGCCAUCCGUGAGACGUUUGUUGGCCCCGUCUUUGAAAAUCUACAAGUUUCCAGCUCCUGUGGGAAACCCAAAGAGAGACAGUCGCAGAGUGCUCCCACAAAGAAUAAAGAGCAGGUCACAAAGGUCAACGAAAGGCCUUUUAACCGAGGACUGAACAGAGUGAAGAGAGGCCCUGCAGGGAGUACAGCCAUUUCAGGUAAAAGCAAAGCCAAGCCUGGCCCCUCCAGGACAAAACCUCCUCUAACUGCUGUGCCAAAGGAGGCCAUCAACACCCAGGCUGAAUUUGUCAAAGGUGUUGGCAGUAGUGACGAUAGAGCUCUGUGUUGGAGCACCGAUCAAAAUUUAUCAACCAUUUCAACAAUUUGUAAGACAGAAACAUCCAGGAAGCUGCACGUUACUACGGCAACAGGUAACGGGAGUCAACAAAUUCUAGAGACAGCAUCAUCUCCAAGUCCUCAACAGAACAGCACGAGGACAGCUUCUGGCAGCAGGUGCCACACCCCCAUGUCACCGGUGUACCGGAAGUUUCUAGACGAGGCGGGGGUGGGACCGCUCACCGAUGACCUGCUUCAGUGUCUGGCAGAAGAGCUGAUCUCAUUGGAUAAGAGGGAUUCAUCCAUGGGGAUAGAAAGCUCUGAUCAGAGUAAACAAGAAGCUCCACCAGAACAAAACAUAUUUCCUAAGAUUCCUACUGUAAACAGUGAUGCUCGUCUGGGCUCCGAAUUGGCCAUAGAUGACCCCAUUACAUGGAAAAAAGGUGAAGAACUUGGCAAGGGCGCGUAUGGCACAGUGUACUGUGGCCUGACGAGUCAGGGUCAGCUGAUUGCUGUUAAGCAGGUGAUCUUAAAUUCAUCUGAUCCUGAUGCUGCAAAGAAAGAGUACUGUCGUCUUCAGGGGGAGGUGGAGCUUCUAAAAACCCUCCAGCACAUCAACAUUGUUGGCUUCCUGGGAACUUCACUUAAUCGGCAUGUGGUCUCAAUCUUCAUGGAGUACAUCCCUGGAGGAUCCAUCGCCAGCAUCAUUCACAGGUUUGGACCUUUGCCAGAGCGAGUGCUGGCUCUCUACACUCAACAGAUUCUAGAAGGGGUGGCCUACCUCCACCGGAACAGGGUGAUUCAUCGGGAUAUUAAAGGAAACAAUGUCAUGCUGAUGCCAACAGGGGUCAUCAAACUUAUAGACUUUGGCUGUGCACGGCGUCUCAGUUGCUUAAACAGCACAUUCAGUAGCAGCGUAGAACUGAUCAAGUCCGUCCACGGCACUCCUUAUUGGAUGGCUCCUGAGGUCAUCAGUGAGUCAGGUUACGGCAGAAAGUCAGAUGUCUGGAGCGUUGGCUGCACUGUUUUUGAAAUGGCCACAGGGAAACCCCCUCUUGCACACAUGGACAAGAUGGCAGCUUUGUUCUACAUUGGCGCUAAGAGAGGGUCGAUGCCAUCUCUGCCAGAUGGAUUCUCCCAAAAUGCAAAAGACUUUGUAAAAAUCUGCUUGACCAGUGAGGAGAGACUCCGGCCGUCAGCCGGGCAGCUGCUGAGGCAUUCCUUCAUUCCUCAGAGGGAUUCAAGCAGUCUCUUUGGAAGCACAGAGGAAGUUAAGUUUACGGCACCAGGUGGACGUCUGUAAAUAUGGUUUUGCUGGCCCUCCUCCAUCUCAUCCUCCACCUGGAUCAAGGUUUGUCAUAGACGGUCCAUCAACCACCAUAAGCGUGUGGGCUUGGGGGCUUACUCCCACGAGCUCAUCCCACCAGCGUGCGGGACGUCAUCGGCCCAGAGCCUAACCACAAAACACUAUGAACUUAUGUCAAUCACAUCUUUUGCAUUAUAAAUAAAACUUUUUUUUGCAUUUCUAA